UUGGAAGUAAAUACGGAAGUGAAGAAAUCGCAACUCAUUUCACAGAAAGAAGACGAAAACAUUCUGUUAUUGUAUACCAAAACGAAACAGAAAAAAUGUUACACAAGCAUGGCAGCUGUUUUAAAGAGAAAUUCACGAACAAAAUCGUCUAAAAGAUACUGUAAGGAAAAAUUCUGUUGUAAAACUGAAAAUACAAAGGCCUUUAUUCAUUGUGAGGAUUGUGAUACAGACCAAUGCACUGAAUGUGACGAAGCAAUUCAUAAAAUCAGCAUAAAGUUUGAAUUUCACGACAGAAGAAAGUUAGAUCCGCCACCUUUUGAAGAUUUGUGUCAGAUAGGGAAAACUCAGAACUGGCUGCUUGUCUGUGAAGAAGAAAAUUUUGCAGAUUUGAGAUGUGAAGUUUGUGCCUUGAACUUUUGCUUGAGUUGCUUUGAUGAUUAUCACAAAGGCAACAAGAAAACACACAGAAAAAUAUUCUUUAAAGAGUUCAGACAAAGACAAUUACAAGAUCAACUGAAUAAUCAUAUUAAACCAUCCAGUCCAUUGGAAAGGGAAGAUGACAGUUUAACAUUUAUGUCAUGUCCACAGUUACAGGACCAGUUCCCUGAUUUUAGUCCACAUCAGACAGAAGUUUCUGAUUCAAAAAUAUAUAGCAAUAAUCAGAGCGAAAGCAUGAACUCUUUUAGUAGUGCUAAAUCUGAUCAUAGUCAACCAAGCAGCAUUCCAGAUAUUUGUUUAUCAGCAGGAAACGAAAUGUCUAGUAUUGAAGCCCAACUAGCUGAGAGCAUAAUAGAUCUCAAUGAUCCAUAUGACAACAUAAAGAGCUUUAUGUUGAUAAAUGACCAAGAAAUCAUACAGAUUGGUGAUGAAGAAGAAUUUGCUCAGCGGCUUGGAUGUGAUGGCAAUGAACUUGUGAAAGUUGUUUCAAUAUUUGGCAAUACAGGAGAUGGUAAAUCGUUUACUUUAAACCACACUUUCUUUGGUGGUAAAGAAAUUUUUAAGACCUCCGCACAUCAGUCUUCAUGCACCAUUGGAGUAUGGGCUGCAUUUGACCCCAAAGAAAAGGUCAUUGUCAUUGACACAGAAGGUUUAUUAGGAAUAACAUCCAAUCAGAAUCAGAGAAUGCGCUUACUGCUGAAGAUUCUUGGAAUAUCCGAUAUAAUGAUUUAUCGCACUAGAGCAGAGCGAUUACAUAACGACAUGUAUCAGUUUCUUUGCGAGUCUUCAUCAGCCUACACAAAGCAUUUUUCAGAGGAGUUGGAGGCCACUGCCAAAAGAUGUAACAAAUGUGUGGGAGAUUUGACACCAGCUGUCAUCGUUUUCCAGGAAACCGUUAACACCAGUGUUCUCACUAACUCAGGCACAGAUUCUGCUGAGAAAUAUAUUUGGAAUACAUUCCGUCAGCUAGAGUGUACCAUGCACUUUAAGGAUCUCACCUAUGUUGGGGUGCGGACAGAGAGACCCCCAACAGACUUCUCAGAUUUCCAGACUGCUUUGUUUCAGCACUUAUCAGACAAGACCAAUCGUGCAGCACGAAAACCAGCAAUUGUCUUCAAAACCCUUAAGAAUUUGAAUGACAAGUUUAAUGGAGAAGUGGAGAAACCAUUAUAUGGGACCUUCCCCGAUCAGCUGUUUUCGUGUGCCAUGAAAUGUCUGUCUUGUGGGGAGGGUUGUACAAGAAGUAUGAAUCAUGAUACGGACAGUGAACCCCAUGAAACUGAGAGGAGGUGUAAAUAUCAGCAUCAGUUUGAGAAUAAGAUUUAUUUGUGUAAGUCCUGUUACCUGUCUGGUAAGGAGUGUGUUGUCAUUCCAAAGACAUCGGAGUCAAGAGACAGUGCAUGGACCGGGCUCAUCAAAUAUGUGUGGGCGGGGGAAGUGCUGGAAUGCCCAAGUUGUGGAGUGAUAUUCCGAAGUCGUCAGAACUGGUACGGCAAUAAGGAUAUAGAAGAGAUUGUUCACACAGAGAUUCGCCACGUCUGGCCAGAUGGGUACAAGAUGUUACAGGGAACCCACAAUGCUGCUCGCAAAGUGAUUGAUGGCUUUCACUAUAUAGCAGACUCCAUCACUAGUGUUGGAUCCAAACCCACAAAGAUGAUCUCUGAUUGGAUGAACGAUCGUAUCGCUCCGGAAUACUGGGUUCCUAAUUCACAAAUAUCACACUGCCAUCAUUGUUCCAAAGAAUUAGAGAAUGAACAGAAACAUCAUUGUCGUGCCUGUGGUAAGGGUUUCUGCGAUGACUGCAGUUCCCAACGGCGCCGUGUGCCAGAAAGAGGCUGGGGGGAAAUGUCUGUGAGAGUUUGUGACAAAUGUUAUGGAGGGAAAAAAAUGUCAGAUUCCAAUGACAGCACAGGAAGUAAUUCUCAGGUCACCGCUAGAAAAGUCGGCGAGGUCGUCACCUCAGCGAUAAGUGUUGCAGCUUCUACACUUAAUUACCCUAUAGGCAUGAUCAAAGACACUGCACGGCCUGCCUACUGGACUCCAGAUGAAUUGAUCAAAGCAUGCCAAGUCUGUGAGGAACCGUUCGGUCCAAAACUCUGGAUCCAUCACUGCAGAGCUUGUGGACAGGGUGUAUGUGAAAAUUGCUCCCCUAACAAGAGGCCCGUGCCACUGAGAGGAUGGGACUAUCCUGUUCGAAUCUGUCGGAAAUGUGAGAAUAAGCGGGACCACCUUUAAACACUCCAACUAGCUCAGCUUCAAGUUUUGUUACACUUUAUAAAUAGUAUGUUUUGCACAGCUAUGUUCUGACAAGAAGGGUAAGAUAUUAGACUGAAGAAUAGCAGAGCUGUAUUUGUAUUGUGCUGAAAAAAGUCAGAAUAACAGUGCUCAAGAAGGAGAAAGCAUUAUUUGGUGUUGAUACUGAUAAUGACAUUUUUUGCACCAGAGAUCAUGUUUUAGGAUAUUUAUGACGAGUGGUUUUUAGUGAUUUGUUGAUACUGUAGGCAGUAUGAGAAUUGUAUCACAUGGAGUAAUUGUAGACAUUGAAAAUUCUGUAAAUCCAAGACCACAGCAUUGUGAUGUAUGAGACUUUUGAUUACCACUAAAACUUUCAGGCCAGUGAAGAAUUAAAACCUGUAGAAAAAAAGAUCAAUCAUUAUAUACAUGUGAAUUUCAUGAAAAUCUACAAGAAUGUUUUUGAAGGGUUUCAAUUUUAUCAUUUUGAAUUUAGUUUGAAUGAGCAUGAAAUUGCAGCUUUGUGUCAGAAUGCAAGAAAAAGGAUGGAUUUAAAUAACAAAGGAAAAUACAUUUUAGCAAUGAUACAGACUUUUCAAACUAGUUCACAAAUUCCUGUAAAACCUACUUCCAUGUAUUUUUCUCCCUAUACCCACUGUUCUUGAACUGUUGCAGUACAGGAUAUCAAUUUAUACUGAGUUGUGGUGUUGACAUAUCUGCUGUGGGACUAGUCAAAUUCUGAAGAUGGUAAUCUAAACAUCUGCUGUUUACAUCAUUAUUGCAAGUUAUUUUCCUAAUAGAUCAGGAUGUUGUAUUCCUACAAUCCACUCUUCUCCAUGAAAGUCAUUACUUCCGAAAGAGAAUGACUAUUGAAUUACAGAGUAUGUGUGUCUUAUGUUAUAUGUUACAUUACCGUAAUGGAAGAUUCAUAAAAGACUCACCAUUUUAUGACUUUAAUUGUUUUACAUACCGGUACAUAACACGUAAUAGCUAGUCAGCAAUUUAUAUGUCCACUGUAGUUACAACAAGAAAACUUAAUGUGUAUCGAUACUACUACAAGGACUCCAUGGCUCAGUGUUUUCUGUACUAGUAUUACGUUCAUCUCAUGAUUAUGAUCAGAUGUAACAGAUAACCAACACAUUGUAAGAGAAUUAAAGUUACAGUAAAUGGAAUACUGUCGCUGUUUCAAGCAAAAAUUAUACCUGUGCUCAUAUCAUGUGUAGUUUGUGACAAAUUCAGUUUUUGAGAUUUUACUUUCCUAAAGUAGCUACUUUUAUGCGUGGAAUGCAAGAGAGCUACAAACUUUCACAAUCCAACAUUUUCAUAUAUUAAAACUUGUAGCAAUUACAUGUAUUGUAUUUUACAAACUAUCUUGCUCUUGUUUUUGCAUAUAUCACAACUAAUACUAUAAUUUUAAAUAGCUUAUUCAUUGUACCAAAUAUGUUGACAGUAUUUUGUAUUGACUGGAUUUUUACUAUAGACAGGCCAGCAAUAAAAAUGUUCUACUGUAUACUGUACAGUAAGGAUCAGGUGGAGUUGUUGCUCCUUCACUGAUUGUAUGUCAAUGGGAGUAAAUUUUUGAUCAGUGCUAUUUUAACUUGGUAUAGGGUAUCUUCUAAUAUGUACCUAUCAAUAAAUAUGAUAUGUUAAUUACAGGAGCCUGUGUACCCAUCAAUAAAAUGAUAAUACAUUGUAGAAAAAAAUUACAUCAUGUCCAAUAUAUAUUAAUCGGGAACUCAAUGAUGUUCAUUGAUCCAUAAAACAACAAAUAAAACUGAAUAUGUUGUUAAAUUAAUUUAAGAAAUGGUUGUACCCUGUAUGUAAAACAAAAUGUUUUAUACUCGACUAUAUUGUAACAUCUCGCACGUAUCAUCAUCUUAUUGAUAGAUACACAUCUUAUUGAUAGAUACACAGGCUCCUGUGCAGUAACAGUACCAGUGCUUCCAUGAUUUAUUUGUGCAAGUGAAUUUUUUAUUUUAAUAUUCAGAGUACAAGUUACUACAUGUAGUAAUUACUGAAAACAAAUUUACACUUAUUCUCUGCACUCAUAUAACAUAUGUAUAAUGUAGGGAUGUUUUCUAUUUCUCAACAAAAUAUCAUUGUUAGGACUGAGGAAAUCUGAUCGAUUUGAAAUUCAUUAUUACAUGAACAUUGUAUUACAAAUAUUUAAUACAAAGAGCUACUGAUUUGCAAAAAUGAAAUUAAUAUAUUUUGUAAUACUAGAUUCUGUACAAUGCAUUUUUAUGUCUGAUACUAGUAUAUCACAACAGCCAACACAAAUUUAGUCAACAAUGUAUGCCUUCCCGUGUUUACUUCAAAACAAACAGGUACUCACAGAGAGACACACGACUACUUGGGCACAAUUGACCAAAUAAAACUUGUUUCUUUUUUCAGUUGUCAAAGUCACUGUUUAGAACAAUCAUGGUGAUCCUUGAAUGAUUCUAUUAUCAUUUUAUGAACAAAUGGCAAGAAUUAAAAUUAAGAAUCUGGUCUGAUAUAUCUAGGAUGAAUGGCAAAAUUUUGAUGCAUAAAAUUGAACAGGCUGAAUAUUACUUAAAUCAGUACCUUACUAGAAAAUACUUUUAGAUGCCUUUGGUUUUUUGUCAUUCCUGUCCUAGUGGUUGAAUUCAGAACUGGUCAUAAUUGUGUAAUGUUCAACAAGAAAUAUCGUAAUCCAAUGGUAUGUAUAUUUAAGAACUGUACAUACCUCCUUGGUAAAAAGGUCAUACAUUGGUAUAGAAAUCAGGUAACUUAACACCCCCCCCCCCCCCCACUCCCAAUAAAUUCAUUUUACCAUCAACCUCUGAAUAUAUGCAACCCUCUGUAAAUAUAGAUCACGAGACCAGCGUGUUGUGCGGCUGAUUUUUGUACACCCAAAAUAGCUGUUUUGUAUUUCCUGUGAUAAAUGAAGUGCAAUGGUUUUUUGAUUUGUUAAUACAUCAUGUUAAUUGGUUGUAUUCAUUCCCAAUUUAGGUCAAAAUAAAUCAUCAUAUCAAG